CGUUUCCCGUUCCGGGCCGCGGGCGGGGCCGGGCCGGGCCGGGCCGGGGCUGCCAUGGCCGCGCUGGUGCUGCGAGCGGGGCCCAGGCUGCUGAGGGAGCGGCGGGGCCCGGGACGGUCAUCACAGUGCUUGAUCAGAACAUUUUUUGGAUGUCGUCUAACUAAGGGAGGUUCUGGUCUGGUUCAAAAGACUAAAGAUGUUUGUUUGAGGUUCUGCAGACCAGGAGGUUCUACAGCAGCUGCUGGCACAUCUGGAGAGGAUGCCUUGCUGAAAUGGGGCCUUCUCCUCGUCCCUCUGACCACGUUCGCUCUCGGCACAUGGCAGGUUCAGCGGCGCAAGUGGAAAUUAGAUUUGAUUGCACAGCUGGCAUCAAGAAUCAGAGCAGAUCCCAUCCCUCUGACAUUAGACCCCAUGGAGCUGAAGGAGCUGGAGUACAGACCCGUGCAGGUCCGGGGCCGUUUUGACCACUCCAGGGAGCUGUACCUCCUGCCCCGCUCCCUGCUGGACCCCGAGCGGGAGGCGCGCGAGGCCGGGAGGAUCGCAUCCCACCCGGAGAACGGGGCCAACGUCAUCACCCCCUUCUACUGCACAGAGCUGGGGGUCACGAUUUUAGUCAACCGAGGAUUUGUGCCCAAGAACAAAUUGAAACCUGAGACCAGGCUGAAGGGACAGAUUGAAGAUGAGAUUGAUCUCACAGGGGUGGUGAGGUUAACAGAAAAAAGGAAACCCUUUGUGCCUGAAAACAACAUUGAAAAAAACCGCUGGCACUACCGGGACCUGGAGGCCAUGGCCAGGGUGACCGGUGCUGAGCCCAUCUUCAUCGAUGCAGACUUCAGAAGCACAGUCCCAGGGGGGCCCAUCGGGGGCCAGACCAGGGUGAGCCUGCGGAACGAGCACAUGCAGUACAUUGUCACCUGGUAAGGGACCAGCCCGAGCACAUGCAGUACAUUGUCACCUGGUACGGCUUGUGUGCUGCAACUUCCUUCUUGUGGUACAAGAAAUUUAUACAGAAGGUACCUCUGUGAAGGGAAGGAAGGAAUAUCUUUGUGCUACAGUCAAGAGCAGACUUUUAUGGAUGACAGGAGCCUGAUCACUCCUAAAUAACUGAAGCACCUGGAAUGCCAGAGCAGUUUGAGCAAACAAAUUAUCAAGCUGCAAACAGACUUCAAGCAAUCCCUGCAAACUGAGCUCCCACCAGUGUGAUCUGGCUACAGCUUGGGAGCCCUGAAUUUCAACAGUACUCACAAGAAUACUGUUUUUCUAUCCAUGUUGGUUGUAAGCUAUAUUUUAACAAUUCCAUUUUUUUUUCUUAAGACAAAUCCAGGGGAUUUUGUGAAUCAGCCUAUUUGCAGCAAGUAGUCCUUCCUGAAGUCAGGAGUGGCUCACAGCAGCUGCAGCAGAAUAAAUAAAGGCCUGCAGGUCUUUGCCUUGUGA